AUGGAAAAUAUAGAAACAACUGCACAUGAAGACACUAAUAUCAUCAAGACUGGUCUAAGAAAACAAAUGGGCCUUCUCAAUGAAACAAUAUCAAAAAAUGAGAGCGAUUCAGCAGUGGUACAAAAAGAAGAUAAUGAUUCGAUGGAAGAUACUGGGGCCGCUACGAUAGGUUAUAUAUCAAUUAAAGACUAUGCAUACGAGGAUUCAAAUCCGCUCCAUUAUGGUUAUUUUGAUGGAGACAAUGAAGAAGAUGAAAUGGCUUCUGAUUCUUCAGAUAUGGAUGACGGAUAUAAUAAAAGGCAAAGUAUAGCGCUACCUGACGACUACAUAGUUAACCAGCGUGCGGUUGCCCUCUACGAUUUCGAACCUGAGAAUGAUAAUGAACUAAAAUUGACGGAAGGUGAUCUGGUAUUCAUCAGCUAUAAGCAUGGGCAAGGUUGGCUAGUAGCAGAAAAUGAGUCAAGAUCAAAGACGGGACUGGUACCGGAGGAGUUCGUUACCUAUAUACAGCCGGAAGAUGGAGAGGAAGAAAAAGAGGACACUGCUCGACCUUUCUAUCUAACGCAUUUGAUUACACAAAGUGUAAAUCCUGGAAACAACAAUAAUGACAUUGACGACGACGAUGAUGACGACGAUGAUGACGAUGAUGAUGAUGAUGAAUGGGAAGAUAUUGAUGAUGUUGCCGAGGUUGAAACAGAUGUAAAAACAAAACUAAAAAUAUCGGAUUGA